CGUCAGUCAAGGUCGCAAAGUGAUAUUUGUUUACAAAUUCGUCACCGGCAAUACACAAAAGUAUAAGCGGCAUAUAUUUUUUUGUUCGUGUACUGGACUAUUUCACCGUUUUUCUUCACUUUCGUUCACACAUAGAUAUUUCCUACGCACGAACGAAAAAAUCUUGAAAUGUCCAAAAAUGAAGUCAUCAGUCGUGUAGUGCUAUUAUUUGAGUUCAGUGCAUGAACGUUGUGUGAAAAACCAAGCCGGGAACAGUUUUCAUCACAGAAGAAAUUUUCACCAGCAAAGGAUGGAGAAGAAUCCUGGCGCAACGCUUUUUAAUGACCCGGGUAGUAUCCACGUUAAUAACACAAGUGCAUUCCAGCAAGCCGAGGAAGAGGAGGCAAUACAGGACCAAAAACGUCGUAAUGCAGAGCUGGCCAAACAGAUGUAUAACGCGUUUGAUGAUUUGGUCGAUGAUGACGAUCAGAAUGAUACCUUGAAUUCCGUCAACUAUUUGUCCAACUAUUCCGAGAAUCCGGUGGAGUCUCCACCACCACCGCUCCCGCAGAAUGAUGGAACCACAGACGGUCAAAGAGUCAACCAUAACAUGAACACAAGGCAUGUAAUCAAAAUCACUGGCGAUGGUCGUCAUAUGCAAGAGAAUGUGCAUUGGAAAAGUAUGUUUGAGUCAAAAUCACGGGAAUUCGAACAUGUGACCAAACUUUUGCAUGAAAAGACUAGAGAAUACGAAAAGCAAACGGGUGAAUUCAAAAAGCGGUUGCUGCUAGCUGAGGGAGAGCGAGAUCGAGCAGAAAUGACUCGUACCCAAACGCAUGCUCUGCUGGUUGAGAGUAAAACCAAAAUAUCCGAACAAGAGGACACACUGGCGAAGAUGAAAACGAAAAUCCAAACGCUCGAGGAAGAUAAUCUUAAACUUGAAACCGAACUUGAGAAUAAAAAGACAAUGCUCCAGGAUACCCUCCACAAGUAUCGCAUGGUGGAACAAAAUGUCCACCAAAAGGCGGACAGACAUACCGAUCAAUUGCUGAAGCAAACGGAAGAAAGGCAUAGCGCGAAAAUCACAAUGAUGCAACAGCAAAUAGACAAUCUGCGCUCGGAGCUGGACGACAGAACACGAGAAGUGCGUCAGUUCGAAGCCCGCUAUAAUGAGCUCAAAUCAUUGCGGGACGCGUUGUUGGUUGAAAAAAGCGAAACAAUCCAACGAUUGCAGAUGAAUCUCGAGGAAUCUCAGCAGCAGUGUGGGAAUCUCAUGGCAAAAACGACGAACAUCACCGCCUUCAGUCAGGAUAAUUUACGACUGCAAACCAAGGUGAAUGCGCUGGAACAGCAGACACAUGAUAUGCAGCGGACGAUCGACAGCCUCACCCAUAGAUUGGAAACAACGAAUGCCGAGCUCGAGAUGAUGGACAGUGUACUCAGUUCGAACGAAGAUCACAACGACUCGAAUACCUUCGCGGCCACACGUAAGAAUCUCAUUGGUAGCACUCCGAUAAACUCCAACUUGAAGAACACUGAGAAUCGAAUCGCCAAGCUGAAGCAGGAACUGCUUAUCUGCAUGAGUGGUCAAAAGGAGAAGCGUGAAACCAUCAAGCGUCUGGAGACAGAUCUGGCGGCUCGGGACCGUGAGCUCGAGCAGUUGAAAAAAGACGAGAGUCACGCUCUGGUUCAGAUGAAUCAAUACAAGGAAGAAGCGUUUCGAUUGAAUUCCAAGCUGAAAAUCCUCGAGAAUGAACUUGACAAGUGCUACAAGAAGGAUCACAAUGGAUCCAAGCAAUCGCGGCGAUCCAGUUUCGACAAACAGGAAGUGCUGGAGAGCAAAAUCUUUGCACUUAAACAGGAAAAGGUGGAUUUGGAGGAUCAACUGGGCAAAUCCGAAAACGAAAGGCAACGGUUGGAAGAAAGAUACAAAUUAUUAGAAUCCGAUUCAAAAGCACUCGACGCAGUCAAAUUGGAACUGGAAAAGCACAAAUUUCUUCUCCACGAUUCGCAGGGCGAAUGUGAAAGAUUGAAAAAUCUCUACAUUGAAAUGUCCAGCAGUAAGGAUGCCGUGGGCAGGGAACUCGCAGCGUUGAAAUCUCAGGAUGUGGUAAAAGAGGUGUCGAUUUUGAACGAUAAACUGUCAUCGCUGGAACGGGCCUUGCAGUUGGCGGAGUUCAAAUCUUCCGAGCUGGGAAAGCUGCUUGAGAAGGAGAAGGUCGAACACGAGAAAUUGCUUAGGGAAGUUCGUGAACGGCACGAAAGCAGUCGGGAAAUCAAAGACCAAAAACAAUCCGCUAACAGUUGUACCAAAUGUAUAAAUAGUUUAGCGGAAAUUUCUAAGCUAGAGAUCCAGAACCUUCAACUGCAAAACUCUUGCGCAACUCAUCUUCGCGAAAUCAACGAUCUGAAAAUAGCUUUAAAUGAAUCUCGCGCAACGAUACACGAGUUGCACGGAAAGCUUGAUUUGAAGGCCGAACGAGAUCAACUGAUCGACCAGUUGAAGGAGAAAGCGGCCCAAUUUGAAGAGUUUAUGCGUCAUAGAAACGACAACGCCAGCAACAGCAGCAGCGGAAAUAGCUCGACAAGAGAUAGCGCUACUUCUCCACCACCGCAUCACUCACGAGACCAAAGCGUUAAUACCUCUCCGGAGCUGCAAGAAAUGGGCGAGAUCGAGAGCAGAAAAGCAGCUCGAGCACAGGAGCACAGUAUACGUGAAGAAAUGGCUCGAGCAUUCGCUGCCGAGAUUAAAGUGAUAGAAGAAAAGUUUAGGGCGCAAUUUUCGAAAUUCGAAGAAAACAUCAGCGCGCUGAAGAAUGAGUUGCACGACAAAAGUAACGAACUGCAUGUACGCAACCAUGAGGUAGAGGUACUGAAGUACGCCAUCGUAACCGAGCGCGAAAAGAUAAGCGAGAUUCUGGCAAAAAAAGACACCGAUGCCCGAGCCCUCUUCGAGAAGCAAGCGGAGGUGAUGAAGAAGUACAAAAGCGAGCUGGAUAAUUCCCAACGCAAGGUGCAAUUUCUCGAGGGUGAACUGCAAGAAAAACAAGAACUCAUCCAAUCCGAACGGGAAUCGAUGGACAAGCUUGUCAAACAAAUCACCGAAGAGAGGAAAAUGUUCCACGAGCGAGAGAUUGAAGUGAUUGACAAGUUCAAAGAGAUCGAACAGGAGUACAACAAAAGUCUGGAGAUGGUUACCGAGAAGUACAACUCGGUGAAAAAGACGGCCCUCAACUAUAAGAAAUACGCCGAAGAUAAAGAGCAACACAUGCUCAAAGAGUACGACCGCAUCAAGGAGGGCUACAACGCAGCUCUUCUAAAAGUACAAAAUCGCAUGAAGGAAGCGCUGGAAAGCAAAGACCGCAGCAUGAAAGAGCAGAUCUCCAAGCUGGAAUCCGAAUACCAGUCCAAACUGAGCGUAUUGAAGGGCACUGCCUAGGUGAAACCAAAUCAAAGUAUUGUGCCUCUCGCGGGUCGAACGCCUAAUGUGUUAAGUAGUAUAUAACAUAUCCUAAAAUGAUUGGAAAUGAUAGCAAAAACUGCCUUCUACGUCUGCCAUAUCCCUGUAAGACCGUUCUGUUCCGUUAUAACAUAGUUUAAUACGCUGAGAAAAACCCAGUGUAAGAGUGUAGACUAGCACUUCUCAAAGGUCAUGAAAAAUAUUUUAUCAACUGCUGUACUAUUCAUAGGUAUUAUCAACUGAAUAGCUUUAGAUGUUGUAUACAACCACACGAUAAAUGU